AUGGUGAUCAACCUCAAGAGCCAGGCACCUGACACCAAGCUCUUGAAAGAGCUCAAUCCUACGCUAAAAGAUCUAAUCGACGAACUCAAGGGAGUGAGGGCUGUAACACCCACAGGAGACCAUAGGGCGCAGUUCCCCACCCUGGCCAGGAACCUCGACCUCGCGGCUGAUAUCCGGAUGGAUAUCUUGGCCGUGGAUGGACAUUACGAUGACGCCCUCGCGGCGUGGAGGGAUAUACAGGAGAAGCUCCGCACAUUACAGAUAGGGCCAACUGCCACAGAUACACUUGCGGUCAUCGCUAAGCCAGGAUAUGACAAUCUAGUCAUGUUGGCGAACCUGAAAGCGAAAUAUGGAAACCCUACGGAUAUAGAACAAGUCUUGUAUGAACCCAAGUACUUCAAUAUGGCUAGGGGCAGCCGAGACCAAGAGGCUGAGACCCUUGGCGACGAGUGCUAUCCCGGCGAGCCGGAUAGCUCGUUUAAGGGCUUAGCUCCCCCAAACAGGGUUACCAGGGCCCGCGGUUACCAGGGCCCGCCGAAGGCAAGAUUGAGAGGUUUCUUUCUUCCUGUGUUUUCCUCUCGUUUCUCUUCCUUUUCAUCUCCCAAGACGCAUCGGGACGAUGCUUUUUCGCCUGGGCCAUGA